AUGUAUCCGAAUGACCCCAAUAAAAACGGAACAUACGAUCCUCCCGGUUACGGUCUAUUGACAAAAAGUGGUGAAAUGAGGGCUUAUAAAUUAGGACAAAUUCUGCGCGAAAGGUACAGUGAAUUUUUAGAUACCGUCUAUGUACCAGGUUCAAUUCAAGCGCAAAGUACAGAUUUUAAUCGUACAAAAGAAUCAUUAAAUUUUCUAUUAAACGCUUUAUAUCCAAACACUGUUAUCGAAUCAACCUAUCGGCCAUUGCUCAACGACACGUUACUGUAUCCAACACUAUGCAAAUUAUUUGCUGAGAAAUACUAUGAAGUAUUAAACACGACAGAAGUUAAGAGAUACAUUGCAAAAUUUGAUGAAUUUAGAAAACAACUUUCCGAAAUGACGGGAAAGGAAAUUAAAUCAUUACUAGAUGUGGCGCUAAUUUCGGGUACUCUAGACAUUGAGAGACAUAUGAAUUUAGAAUUACCCGAAUGGACAAGGAAUUUUUAUCCAAAUGGUGAAAUGCUCAAUGCAGUAAUUGCCUAUUACAAAAUUAUGAGUUACAAUGUGGAUCUUAAAAGGCUUAACGGAGGUAUGCUUGUCAGAAAAUUUAUAGAAGACAUGGAUGCUGUAAGAAAUGGUACAAUGGCCAAAAAUCGUAAACUAAUGCUUUACAGUACACAUGAUCUUGCCGUCGCUGCUGUUUUAAAUUCCCUGAAUGUUUAUCAUCUACAUGCACCUGAAUUUUCAUCAGCUGUAUUUGUGGAAUUACAUCUAAUUAAUGAAACCUAUUAUGUAAAGAUCCUGUAUUAUUUAGGCGUAACCGAGAAACUAAUAGAACUACAAAUUCCAAAUUGCCCUCAACUAUGUCCAUUGAACGAAUUUAAAAAUCUAACAAAAGACGUUAUACCAUCUGAUUUUGAAUGGAAUUGCGGAAAUAUUUAA